CAACCUGUCCCAGGCUCUUACCUGCAGCGGUGCGACAGCAGCGAGGCGACUGCCUCUGCGGUGUGGCACGUGCUCAGCCGGUGGAGGUAAAUACCACAUAAAGCUGGUACGUGGCACGCGGUGCUGGCAAUGAAAAGAUGUGACCAAAAGGAGCUUGAAACAGCCAUCAACCUCGACCUCAGCAGCCUUUGUCCCAGCUUUAGGGAGGAUGUGGCAGACUGCCCUGCUCAGAAUCCCGGUAGUUUUGGGGUGGGAGCCUGGGGAGAAGAGGAAGCCUGCCUUGCUCUGUCCCAUGGGCUUCCUCAGCCCACCUCCUGCUCUGUGCAGGAGAGGGUCUGCACCGUGGGUCCCCUCUGCCUCCCCUGCCCUGCCGUGGGCCAAGGCAGGAUGCUAUAUUUGGCCUGGCGGAGCAGUGCCGGUGAAAUCUGACGCUGCCAUGCUGUGCAAGACCGACAGCUGGAGCCAAUGGGGCCAGCUUGUCUUGGCCACCGCCAUGCUGCGAUGAGAGGGGCCGAGACAGGCAGCGGCUCCGCCACUGCCGGCAGCAGUUCACGGGAGACCGCAAACAGACCCAUGAAUCCUCCGUCGUUGCUGGAAGAGGAGGACAACCCUCCAACCCACCGGCCGACGGAACCGCGGCAAAGCAGGAGAGAGCAGAGCGGCAGCAUGAAGCAGGCGAACCUCCCUGAGGAGAACGGCUUCAGCGAGGCAAUGGCCGCCGGCCAGCACGAUCUCACACCCAGUAACUGCGAGAAGAAACGCCACUGGCUUCGGCGCUUGGUCCCGGACACCUUCUGGGAAGAUGCAAAGAAGCUGCUGGUGCUGGCGGGGCCGCUGAUCCUGAUCCAGCUGCUGAUCUUCCUGAUACACCUUGUCAGCUCCAUAUUCUGUGGCCACCUGGGCAAGGUCGAGCUGGCCUCCGUCACGCUGGCCAUCGCUGUUAUAAAUGUUACUGCCAUCUCUGUAGGUUAUGGUUUGUCUUCGGCAUGUGACACCUUGAUAUCACAGACCUACGGCAGCAAGAAUCUGCUGCGCGUGGGGGUGAUCCUGCAGCGUGCCACCCUCAUCCUCCUGCUCUGCUGCUUCCCCUGCUGCGCCAUCCUCAUCAACAUCGAGCAGCUCCUGCUCCUUGUCCGCCAGGACCCUGAGGUCUCCAGGUUAACCCAACGCUACGUGAUGGCAUUUAUCCCUGCUCUCCCGGCGGUUUUUCUGUAUAACCUGGAGACAAGAUACCUGCAGAACCAGAUGAUCAUGUGGCCGCUGGUGCUGAGCGGGGUCUUCGGCAACAUCAUCAACGUGAUCGCAAACUGCAUCUUCCUCUACGUUUUCCACUUGGGCAUCACGGGCUCUGCCUGGGCCAACACCGUUGCUCAAUAUUCACAAACCAUUUUCUUGUUCCUGUAUAUUAUAGGCAAGAAACUCCACGUGAAGACCUGGGGAGGCUGGUCCAGUGAGUGCCUGCUGGAGUGGGACAGUUUCACCUCCCUGGCUGUCCCCAGCAUGCUCAUGAUAUGCAUUGAGUGGUGGACCUAUGAAAUCGGGAGCUUCUUGAUAGGCCUGCUGAGCGUCAUAGAGCUCUCCGUCCAGUCCAUCAUCUACGAAGUGUCCGUUGUCGCUUUCAUGAUCCCCCUGGGGCUCGGCACGGCCGCCGGCGUGCAGGUGGGGAACGCGCUGGGUGCCGGCGACGCCGAAACAGCCAAGAGAUCCUCCUCCACCAGCCUGCUCUGCACAGGAGGGUUUUGCAUAGCCAUGGGGGUUAUUUUAGCCGCCAUGAAGGAUGUGCUGGGAUACAUCUUCACCAGCGACAAGGAGAUUGUUGACUUGGUGGCCUGGGUCAUACCUGUCUACGUUGUCUUCCACUUGUUUGAAGCUGUGUGUGGUGCCUGCAGCGGGGUGCUCAGAGGCAUAGGCAAGCAGAAAUUCGGUGCCAUCCUCAACGCCGUGAGCUACUAUGGUGUGGGCCUGCCCCUGGGAGCCGUGCUGCUCUUCGUGGCCAGGAUUGGCGUCAUAGGUCUGUGGCUAAGCAUGCUCGUCUGCGUCUCCAUCCUCUGCACCUGCUUCGUCGCCUACAUCUCCCGCAUGGACUGGAGGAAGGCAGCCGAGGAGGCUCAGCGCCGCGCAGGAGUGACCCAGCCACCACCGGAGGAGCCGAACUCGGGCCCCGAACCCUCCUGCAAGGCAAUUCCCUCGGGUGUGGGGCCAGCCCCACCGCCCCCCGCUUAUCCCCCCGCUGUGGCAGUGCGGGGGUGCGUAGCGGGAGUGGAUGCGCACAACAGCGUCGUGCUCACAGGCAUCACCAGGAUGGAAGGACCAACGUACCGGGUGGACCCCCAGGAAGCCAUACUUGCCACAUCCCCUCCGGCCACCGCCACGGCCACCAAGGAGCUGAUCAUCCGGCGUGGGCUGGCAGCGGCCGCGGCCAUUGCAAUACUUGCACUCGGCAUUGUCGUAAAGCUGAUGACCAGCAAACACUGACUCGCACCAGGGACUGCGGGGACUUUGCUUUGGGGAGCGAAAGCCCCUCCUGAUGGAUGGGACGUACGAAGCACAGACAGGCCAGCGACAGAAUCCAGCACGUGCCUGUCCCACGGGAGCCAAAGGGUCCCCCCCGUCGGCGUUUGUCAGCAUCUGCUCAGGCGUCGCUCGGGAACAGGCUCUGCUGCACCCAAAAAGCUGCUCUGGGCUGCCCGAUGCGCAGCAAGCAUGCGGUAACACCCUCCAGCUUGCGCUGCCAGCUAUCACCUGCCAACUGGAGCUGGGCACAGCCUAGCUCACAUUGCUGCUCUGUGACAAAUGCCAAAUAAAUAAACCCAGCUGGA